UGCCGCUCGUAAACCAUUUUCUUCUUUUUGACCGACUGCUUUAGUUUUAAAUUCAUCACUCUUUAUAAUCCCAUUGCUUUCUUUAUUUAUUUCACCUUUUUUAUUCUAUGUCUACUGCUUGUUGCUUUAAUCAUGAAAACAAACUAGUUGGUAUUGGUGCAAGUAAGUGGUGAUGUCGACAACAAUGGAUAAGCAAGUAGAAGCAAACCCAUCAUCAUCAUCAUCAUCAUCACCAUCACCAUCACCAUCAUCAUCUCCAGGAAGAGGAAGAGAAGAAGGACUAAAGAGAGAAGAAGAAGAUCAUGAAGGUGAAGGAGGAGGAGGAGCGGCUCUUCAUUUUGAGGAUAGAGCAAGAGCAGCCCAAUAUCCCACUUUCAUAGGGAAGCAUAAACUGGCAGCUUCUAUAUCCCAUCUCCAUAACCAAAUCGACAUCAUCCAGAAAGAGCUGACCCAACUAGAGACAGUAGGUGAAUCCUCCAUUGUCUGCAAAGAGCUCAUUGCCAGCGUUGAAUCCAGUUCUGAUCCCCUGCUUCCAUCGACUAAAGGUCCAGCUGAUGUAGGGUGGGAUAGGUGGUUCAGAGGAGCCCACAACUCAAGAAGUCACAAUCGCUGGAUCUAAAAACUUGUUCACUUUCUUCAAAAUCAGUGUUUUCUUUCUUUUAUGCAUUAUCUUCAGGCAGGGGAAAAUAGGAGGUUCUGUUUUUGGUGCACUUUCUUUGACCAUGAUUUGAAUAACUUAUUGGGAAGAACAUGAUUGGCAUACAGACAAGCAAACAUAAAAAAUUACACGAAAGAAAAUUCAUUUGGGAUAUACCCCUUUGAGCAUCUGUUAUAUUAUCAUACUCUCUUUUUCGA